UACGUCGCCUUCCACUCUUCGUCUGCUCUUCCUUACCAACCAGCUUCACAGCUCCUUGUGCAGUUCGAGCUUCCUCAGAGUACAAACCUCCAAAGCUAACGAGGCAAACGUUUCCGACUUUGAUGUCCUACGUCUCGUCCCGUACUCAGCAUCUGUAUUCUUCCGAAUUUGCAGACUUUUCGGGUAGUAACGCUGCGCAUCCGCCACUUGCUCAACUAUUGAGAAGCAAAAAUUUCCCGAGUAUAUUCCAUGUUCAGCAAGGAGCAAAAGCUUUACGAUGAUUCUAGGAGUGAAAUGUCUGUCAGAAAUUGCUCUCGUCUGGUUAUGCUAGCCUUGACGCGUUAUUCUCGCAAUUUCAUGAAUUCAAUCGCCAUUUCCGAAGAUGUUUUUGCUUCUGGAUGGGCUGUUUGAGUUAGCAGGUGCUAGGUUGAUCGUCGUAUGGAGUACCUGCAGUCACUCUGAAAGUCAUGUCUGACUAUGAUUCCGAGGCUGAUCAUUCGGUCAAUCUUUGGGCUGCUGGCCAUAUACACCAUGAAAUCCGGUUCUCUUGUGAGCUCAAAACAAAUGGUUCCCAAGUAUGUUUGCUGACCACGGGAACUGACCUGACUAGAUCAUGGACGAAACUCUCAGUAGUCUAGUCCGAUUCAGUUUCCAUUCGAAGGAUCUGCAGUCAAAAUAAAUACCUGCACGGGGCUCGCAAACAUCCACGGUAGGAUCCAAAAACAACAUGCAGUGCGAACUUAUCAGGAGUUCAAGAGCACAUGUCACACUCCUAUCAUGGACAUCAUUCUUAGCAUGGGCGGCCUUGAUCUUAGGAGGUUUUACAUUCGAGCAGAUUGUUGCAGGCAGGGUUCAAGAAUUUGAGUCGGGGGCUUCUCAGCAGCAGCAAACGUGUUCUGAUGCUUGCGGUCGUGUCCGGGUCCCAUACCCGUUUGGUACAGAGGCAGGUUGUGGACUUCCACAAUUUAGACUUCAGUGUGAGGAGAAUGGGGAUAGCAGCUCCUUGAAGCUGAGCACUGGCGGCAGUGAAGCGAGGGACCUUGAGAUUAUCGAUAUUCUUCCGGACUUUUUGAUUGUAAACGCUACAAACCUUCGAGCCGCUUGCUGCAACUGCACCACAACCAGCAGUCUCAGAUUCGACGAUUCGGUACCUUACGCAGUGUCUGGAGAUAAUCUAUUUUUCGUCAAUGGAUGCAACUCUCAUGGAUACUUCACCAGCGACAAGAGCGAGGGCUAUAUUAUGAAAUGCGAGACAGGCUGUGCUAAUCCGGACCAGAUCAGGGAGAACUACUGCAAUUCUUUCGGAUGCUGCAGCUCUCCUGUUCCAUCGGGAUCACGAGCACUGAGUUUCUCGGGCGGUGGCGGUCCUGCGAAGAACAACUCUGACUCUCCUGAUGGUACCUGCGGUUACUCCAGCAUCAUCUAUCCUGAAACGUACACCACCGAACGUGCAGAUGUUCUGGGCAGUGGUCGAUAUGGUCUCAAACUCAGUUGGGCUAUCCAAGGCCCUGCAUCGUGUGAAGAAGCGCUGCAGUUGUCUGAUUAUGCCUGCUCGGCCCAGGCCACGUGCAAUUUUGUAAAGAGUGUCCCAGGCUACACUUGCUCUUGUGAUAAGAAAGGGUACCAUGGAGAUGGUUAUAAACAUGGGACUGGAUGUUCUGACACGAAUGAAUGUGAGGCUUCCCAGCUCGAUGACUGUCAUCCGGACGCAACAUGUAUCAACUACGAAGGAGGGCAUGAGUGCAACUGCAAGCCUCUCUUUGCAGGGGACGGAUUGAUCAACGGUACCGGCUGUAAGAGGGUGGUUCAGAAUUUCGGCCCCUUGACGUUUGGAUCUACUUUGACAGAAUCGAAUCUGGAAGAAGAUGUCGAUUGUGGAGAAAAUGCAACUCCAUGCGCACGACGAACUUUCAAGAAGAAAAGACAGUCAACCUUAGCAGCCUUCCUGGCUGGCAUCAUUAGUACAUCGGUGUUGGUGUUCGCGCUCUGCGCUGUGGGUGCAUACUGGGGCUACAAGCUACUCACUCGGCAUCAACCCAUGGACUUCUACACCAGAAAUCUUUCGAGGCUGAAGUCGUACUCCGACAGGUUUUCAUCUCAGUAUGGAAGGGACACUGCAAAGAUGUUCAGCUACAAAGAGCUUUCUAAGUCAGCGAAUGGCUUCUCGAGUGAUCUGGAAAUAGGUACAGGAGGCUAUGGCACGGUAUUCAAGGGCACGCUGCCGAAUGGAACGGUGGUCGCCAUCAAGAAGACCAAUCACGUCAGCGAUGCCGGAUCGGAGCAGUUUCUGAACGAAGUCACCAUACUGUCACAGGUGAACCACCGCAACCUCGUGAAGCUUUUAGGUUGCUGCCUGGAGACUGAAGUGCCGAUGCUGGUGUACGAGUACAUCCCCAACGGAACUCUAUACGAGCACCUGCAGGGCCUUCGUGGUGAAAAAGCUACGCCUUUGGAUUGGAGCCAGCGACUGCAGAUUGCCAUCGAGACCGCUGAAGCUUUGACCUACUUGCACUCUCACGCUUUUCCUCCUAUCUACCAUCGAGAUGUCAAAUCCACCAACAUUCUUUUAGACAACAGCCUUACAGUCAAAGUCACUGACUUCGGAUUGUCCAGGCUAGUGCCCAAGGAUGCAACUCAUGUGUCGACUGUGGUGAUGGGCACUCCUGGCUACAUGGACCCUGAAUAUUACCAAAACUAUCAGCUCACAGACAAGAGCGAUGUGUACAGUUUUGGGGUCGUCUUGCUCGAGCUCAUAACAUCAUUGAAACCUGUGGACUUUGAGCGCAAACCUCAGCAGAUCAACCUCGCUGUACUUUCAAUACAGGCAAUCAAACGAGGAGAGCUUGCAGAUAUAGUAGACCCGAUUUUAUUGAUACCUUCCGACCCGAAGGUGAUGGAGUCCAUCGAAGCUGUGGCACUCCUGGCUUUGGACUGCUUGGCUCCCCAGCGUGAGCAACGACCCACCAUGAAAGAAGUCAUGGAGCACCUCGGUAAGAUAAAGGACGCCUUCAAUCCGGAGAAACCGGACAGGUCGCCCCUCAAUUCCGAACGGCUUAGCGUAGAUGUAGAUCUAAAAAGGAUUCUCGAAGACAUAUCAUCAGCAGAAUGCAGCAUGGUUCUUGGGGAUCUGGAAGCCAGGUAGCAGCGGAUAAAAGCGACUAGUGGCAAUAAUUUAAAGCUGACUAAAAUUUAAUAUGUAAAAUCGCCUGGAGGCAGAAUAACUUGCGAGGUUGACCAACGUUGCGGUGUGUUGGUGGGGAUCUUUAAUCCCAUCACUGAAGACUAGCCCAGGUCCAGAAUUCGUGAAUGAUGUCCUGUGCAUUCAACUUUUAGAUGCCUAAAUACAGAGCAAUAAAAUAACUCUUCAUAUGAUGAAUUGGACUCA